UUAGGAAAUAUUUGUACAUAUUAUUUACUAUUAUUUUAUCAUCUAUCCUUUUCCGAUUCAAAAACCCUAACCUGUAUCCGCAACGAUUUCCCCCAAUUAUAUAUCCAAUUCCAAACCCUAAUCUCAGUUCAACCUGAAUUCUUCUCUAUAUAGAUAGCUGUAAUCGUUUCUCACAAAAUUCUUCCCUGUAAUUCUUUUCAACAGCAGCCAUGGCUAACGCGAGGGAAGGGGACCCAAAUCUGGGCUACCUCACCAAGAAAGAAACCGAAGUGAAGCUGCCGCGACCGACGCGCGUGAAGAACAAGACCGCCGCUCCGGUUCAGAUCACCGCCGAGCAAAUACUCCGGGAGGCCCGUGAACGCCAAGAAGCCGAAAUCCGGCCACCCAAGCAGAAAAUCACCGACUCCGCCGAGCUCGGUGACUACCGUCUCCGGAAAAGAAAAGAGUACGAGGAUUUAAUCCGAAGGGUGCGUUGGAAUAAAAGCGUGUGGGUGAAGUAUGCCAAGUGGGAGGAAUCGCAGAAGGAUUUCGCUCGGUCGAGGUCGGUGUGGGAGCGAGCGUUGGAGGUCGAUUAUCGAGACCACACAUUGUGGUUGAAGUACGCCGAUUUCGAGAUGAAGAACAAGUUCAUUAAUCACGCGAGGAACGUGUGGGACCGCGCCACGGAAUUGUUGCCGAGGGUGGACCAACUGUGGUACAAGUACAUCCACAUGGAGGUCAUGUUGGGGAAUGCUGCCGGGGCGAGGCAGAUUUACGAGCGGUGGAUGAAGUGGGUGCCUGAUCAAGAAGGAUGGCUUUCGUACAUAAAGUUUGAGUUGAGAUUUAACGAGAUCGAAAGAGCAAGAGCUAUAUUCUCUCGGUUUGUCGAAUGCCACCCGAACGUCACCGCGUGGAUUAGGUUUGCUAAAUUCGAGAUGAAGAACGGAGAGAUUGCUCGUGCGAGGCAGGUUUACGAGGAUGCUCUGAAGAUAUUGGGGAAUGACGAGGAAGCGGAAAAGUUAUUUGUAGCCUUUGCGGAGUUUGAGGAACGAUGCAAAGAAACGGAAAGAGCUAGAUGUAUAUACAAGUAUGCAUUGGACCAUAUUCCGAAAGGGAGGGCAGAGGAGAUUUACAAGAAGUUUGUUGCUUUCGAGAAGCAGUAUGGAGAUAGGGAAGGAAUCGAGGAUGCCAUAGUUGGGAAGAGAAGGUUUCAAUACGAGGAUGAAGUGAGGAAGAAUCCGUUUAACUACGAUGUAUGGUUUGAUUACAUUCGAUUGGAAGAGAGCUGUGGCGAUAAGCUGAGGAUCGAGGAUGUUUACGAGCGGGCCAUAGCAAACAUCCCUCCUGCUCAAGAAAAGCGGUAUUGGCAGCGGUACAUAUACUUAUGGAUUAACUAUGUUUUGUACGAGGAGCUUGAUGCCCAAGACAUCGUCCGCACGAGGGAAAUAUACGACUUGUGCUUGAAGAACAUUCCUCAUGCGAAGUUCUCUUUCGCCAAAAUUUGGCUGAUGGCCGCACAAUUCGAAAUUCGCCAGUUAGAUAUUGAUCGGGCACGGAAAAUCUUGGGGUCAGCAAUUGGCAAGGCUCCCAAAGACAAGAUAUUUAAAAAGUACAUCGAGAUAGAGCUUCAACUUGGUAAUAUAGAACGAUGUAGGACACUGUAUGAGAAGUACUUGGAGUGGUCGCCCGAAAAUUGCUACGCGUGGAGCAAAUAUGCCGAGUUAGAAAGAUCCUUGGCAGAAACCGAACGAGCUAGAGCUCUUUUUGAGCUUGCAAUUGACCAACCUGCUUUAGACAUGCCAGAGCUGUUGUGGAAGGCUUAUAUCGACUUUGAAAUAUCCGAGUCCGAAUUUGGAAGAACAAGAGCACUUUACGAGAGGCUUUUGAACCGCACGAAACACUUGAAGGUGUGGAUAAGUUACGCCAAGUUUGAGGCAUCUGCUACGAAAGAGGGCAUUCAAGAAUCAGACAUGUCUGAAAUUGAUUCUGAGCAGAAACGAAAGUGCCUCGAGCGUGCCAGAGCUGUGUACGAAAGAGCCCUUAGCCACUUGAGAACAACUGCACCCGAACUGAAAGAGGAACGAGCAAUGCUUUUGGAAGAGUGGUUGAAUAUGGAAAGCAGCUUCGGUCAACUCGGUGAUGUUGACUUGGUCCGUGUUAAGCUGCCAAAGAAACUCAAAAAACGAAGGCACAUCGAGACUGAAGAUGGUCCCUCUGGGUACGAAGAGUAUAUCGACUAUCUUUUCCCAGAAGAGACGCAGACGACAAAUCUGAAAAUUUUGGAAGCAGCGUUAAAGUGGAAGAAGCAGAAGCAAUCCUCCGAUUGAUUAAUGGGUUUUUCGCAUUCCGUUUAUUUUGAGCUUUUCUUGAUCUUUAUGUAUAUGUACCUAUCUGAUGUGUGUAAGCAAGCAAGUUUUGGUGUUGCAUUUUUCGAAGCUGAGACUACCCUUUUGUUUUCUAUUUAUUUGUUUUCUCAUUUUCUUUUAAUGUAGCAAAACCGAAGAGAGGGCACAAUUGUAAUUUCUACUUUUAAGUUUUAAGUGUACUUUUGAAGUAGCAAACCCAAAUUCUUACAUGUUCUAAAAAUAAAAUGUCAAUUUGCUUAA